AUGGCCGAACCCACCGACACGUCGCGAGACACCACCGCCCCCGUCCGCGAAGACCCCUCGCGCGCGAAUCCGCCUAAGUCCCCGCCGACGCAUUCGCCGCACCCGCUCCAGGCCGCCGCCGUCAUCACGUCCCUUGAAUCCCGCCUCGCAGAAUCGGAAGCCCUGCGCCGCGACUCGGAGACACGCAUCCGCAAAUUGGAGCAGAUGGUGGAACGAUUGAUGAGAGAAUCCACCGCACCUGCUGGGGCGCAGGUCGGGGAGGCUCUGCCGGUGAGACCGGUCCCCCUGGACGUCCCCCCGCACACAUUUUUGGGACGCCCGGGAGCUGCCGCUGACCCCCUUGCUCGUACCCCUGGGGGGGAAUCUCACAGCGGAAUUAGGGACGGCCCUUCCUCGGCGGUGAUUAGCUCUCGUUGGAGAGGGACAUUGCCGGACCGGGAAGGGUUAUGGACCGGAGAUCAUCCGGAAAGGUUGGUGAUUUUCACUGCGUUUGGGGAGUCGUAUCUUUCUCUCUUGUGCGACAUCUCCACCUCCGACCUUUUCGACACGAGCCGAGUGAUCCAGCUUGUGGCGACGCUAUUUUUUCGUACGACAACCCGACAGCGCCGCCAAUCCCCGCUCGAUUGGGCCGUCGAGGCGAUGAGGGACGCGCUUGGAGAAGGGCGCCCUCAUUGUUGGACGUCGCUCAUGAAGGCAGUGGGACGUCGUUGGCCCGACCCCGGGUUCGCCGAUAGAGUGGCUCAAGACUUCCACGGAUGUCGCCAGUCGUCGUCUCGGGCUUACGACCAUGUCGGGGAGUGGCGGGCGCGGUACCGUGCCUUCGUGCACGACAACGAUAGUUUCACCCUGUCGCCGCUUCAGCUCGCCACGACCUUCUACCAAUCGCUCAGUGACUCCUCCAAGCGGGAAGUGCGGGCGGGAAUGUUACGUGAAUACCACGACAACUCGCUGGUGACAAUUGGGCGAUUCGGACUGAAGGUCCCGUCCAUCGACGAGAUUACCGAGUGGGCCGCUAUCGCCGACGACAUUUCUCCUCCGCCUUCGGUUCCGACCCCACCAAGCCGCACCGCGACCUAUGGCGCGAUCGUCAAAGCUCCCCGAGUGAGCCCACCUGCGACCAACACGCCCACCGUCGACGAGAGGUUCCCGAUCCGACGAGCUCGAUGGGUCGACCGCGCUACUAAGUGGCAGCAAUCGCACUUGUGGAAGGACCGCUCCACCUGGUUUUCCCCGGCGCCCAGCGGGGUACCCACCAGCAUGGCUUGCUUCAACUGCGGACGAGGCGGUCAUUUCUCGCAGCACUGCACCGCGGAGCGUCAAUCCCCGGUCGCCGUCCAACUCUCAGCGGUCGCUGUGGCCGACUUGGAUGACGAAGAUUGGUCCUCGGUCGCAGGUGGUGACGAGGAUCCCGAGGUGAGAGUCCCCAUUUCACUCGAGCGUGUUCAGACUCGACCUUUGAGUUCCGUUUCCGCUUCAAUGACGCGCCCUUCUUGCCCUCCCGCAGACCCCGUUGGCCGAAUGAAAGAAGGGGCUUCUUCUUCAGUCGACGUCGAAGUCUCAUCAAGUAAUCCGCAGCCAACCGCGCCGGCAAGUGAUGCAGAUCUACGUCGUCUUGCCGAUGACUCGACCGACUCUGCGUUUGACGCGGUGGAAGACGUCCCCUCUUAUGCUGAUGCCGCGUCGCGAAUGCGGCGAUACUGGGGGCCGGAGGUGGUGUCGUCGCGCAAAGCGGAGAGGACUGCAUCGGUGAGCUCUGUUCGUGUUCCGGUGCCGUUGGGGGUUUCUCUCUUGGAGUCCGACACGCCCCUGAUCGACGUCGACGACUUCGCCCGACCCGCCGAGCCCGCGAUUGUGCGCGCCCGCAAUAUUAUUGCGUGGACGUUGCCGUCUGGGCGAACGCUGCGUUGCCUCGUCGACUCUGGUUCGGAAGUGGACUUGGUGGAUCAGGAUGUCGUGCGAACAGACCCGAGUUUCACGACGUCCCGCCUUACCGCGCCGCUGCACUUGCGCCUCGGCACUCGCGACAAAUCUGACCGCUGCGCCGUGUUUGCCAACGCCCUCUUCACGUCCGGUUCCCUCGACCUCGGCUUGCGGGCGUUUUUCAUUUGCCGUGUGACGGCAUAUGAUGCUAUCCUGGGUUUGCCGUUUCUGAAGGACACCGGCAUGCUGGUAGGCUGGGGCGUCUUCACCGUCGCACGGCCGGGCCCUUCGCAGCCGGUCGCCAAGGGCACUCACGAGUGGGAUCGCGCAGUCACGGUGGCGCCCAUCUGCUCCGGCUCUGCCAUUGGCUACGAUCACCCAGGGUUGCUUCCUGACGACGAGAUCAUUGGCCUCGAGCCGCACAACCCUCUACUGGAUGUCGUCGACGACCCGGCGCUCGAGGAUUUGUCUGAGUCCGAAGCACGAACACGAUUGGCUGCCUUACUCGAGAAAUACUCUGAUGUGUUCGUAGAUUCGCUCCCAAUGGACCGACUCCCGCCUUAUCGACCCGUCAAUCACGAAAUCCCUUUGAUCGACCCCAACGAGAAGGUCAAGCCGAGGGUCUAUCCCCUUGCCGACAAAUAUCGUAGCCAGUGGGCGGAGCAUUCAGCUAAGUACACUCGCGGUCGCUUCUGGGUUUCUGGUCCGAUCGACUCUGCGGCUCCGGUCUUCGCCAUUCCGAAAAAGAACUCCCAGACCGCUCGCUUUGUGAUCGACCUCCGCGCUCGCAACAGCAACACCGCCAAGCGUUUUUCACCUAUCCCCGACAUGACCAGUGUUCACUACGAAGUGGCACGUUCGCGCUACCGGUCCAAAUUCGACGUGGCCGCAGCGUUUGAGCAGGUGCGGGUCAUACCCGAGCACGUCGAUCGCACCGGCUUCGCCACGGUCACGGGCACGUACACGUCGCGGGUGAUGCAGUUUGGGGACACCAAUGCGCCCAACACCCUGAACUUGUUGACAUCGGCGAUGUUUCAGCCGUGCCUCUCGUUUGCCAAGAUCUUUUUCGACGAUGUUCACGUCCAUUCCGAUACUCGUCGCGCGCACUUAAGACACAUCGAGAUUUUGCUGAUGACACUGCGACAUUAUCGGUUCUACUUAGGAUCCAACAAAUCCGAGUGGUUCUCAAAGUCGUUAGAUUCCUUGGGCGCGAUCAUCUCCGACGACGGCAUCGAGGUCGACCCGGCCAAGUGGGAGCGUAUCCGACAGUGGCCGACUCCACACAACAAGACCGACGUUCAGCGUUUCCUCGGCACCGUGAAUUGGAUGCGAGAUCACCUGCCCCACCUCUCGAUCACCUUGGAGCCCAUCACCGCAUUAUUAGCGCAAUCGACGUCGUGGCGUUGGAACGAGCGCGAGCAGCAGGCCUUCGACACCGUCAAGUCCCUCGUGCCAGCAACACUGCGACCGAUCGACGGCGCUAAGGUCACCUCCGGCGAGCACAAAAUCUACUUGUUCACCGAUGCCAGUCGUGUUGGCAUUGGCGCUUGCCUGGCCUCGGGCCCCACUCGUUCGCAGGCCAUUCCUACGCGAUUCUUCUCCGCUAAGUUCAAUGGCGCUCAGCUCAAUUAUCACGUCACUGAUAAGGAGUUCUUAGCCGUCGUUUCGGCGUGUCGGGCGUUCGAGCAGCACUUGAUCGGUUACCCCUUCGUCAUCGUCACCGACCACCAAGCCCUUCGCACGAUUAAAACGCAGAAGUUACGCCAAACACCCCGGCACAUCCGCAUGUGUCUCGAACUCAGCCGUUUCGACUUCGAAUUCGAAUUCAUUGCGGGCAAGAACAACUCCCUUGCCGAUUCGUUGUCACGCUUGUGGGAAGUCAAGGAGGGAUCGCCCGAGGAUCAGGUCAAGGAGAAUGAGUUGGAGGAUAUGUUCUUUGAUGGAGAACGCCACGGAUUCACUACACACGGUGAGAGCCUCCCUGAGGAACGUCCUUACACCUCACCAUCUCCCGAUCGGUUGCCUCCUGUUGAUUUUGCCUUCGGGCCCCAACGCGACGAUUGCGAGGCAGGCUCUCCCGGAUACUACGCGCUCAAGGACGAAUCGCAAGACGAGGACGUGAAUGGACGGGAUUUAGGGAAUUUGUUCUUGAAGGAAGAAUGCCACGAGUUCACUACACCUGGUGAGAGCCUCCCUGAGGAACGUCCUUACACCUCACCUUCGCACGAUCGGUUGCCCCCUGUUGAUUGUGCCUUCGGGCCCUGGGAUCACGGCUACGACGCAGGCUCUCCCGGUUCCUGUCAGGAGCACAGCCUGCACUGCCAUCAAUACUCGAAGGAAGUCUCCCAAGUUUGCGGCCGGAGUCGACAUCAGCUACCGGUUUGUUCGUUGCAAGCAUUGUCGGCGCGAUGGUGUAGUCGUGAGGGCGCGCGGGCGCGCACUCAGUGGUCGAGGGUUCGAUCCGCCCGGAGCGUGA